AUGAGCAUCGUUGAAUUACCAAGUCCGCCUACUGACGCAAUUUCCAGCGUGCGUUUCUCUCCCGACGGCGCUACUCUGCUCGUCAGCGCGUGGGACAGCGGCGUCCAUAUUUACAGCAGCAGCCCGGAAGAUGGCACUCUCUCCUUCACCAAAACCUUCACCCUUCACGCACCAAUCCUAGACGUUGCCUGGGACACAAAUAGCGAGACAUUCUACGUCGCCGGGCUGGACCACGAUGUCUCCAAGUUCAGCAUCGCUCCCGAAGAGCCCGUGGAGCAGGUCCUCUCCUCACAUGCCAAAGGCGCAAACAAAGUCGCGUACAGCGCAGACCAUGGCUUGGUCCUGUCCACAGGCUGGGACGAGAGAUUGCACGUCCACGACUCGCAAAGCGGAAACUGGGUCAAUAUCGCAUUGGCAGCGAAGCCGUUCGCGUUGAGCAUCACGGAGGAUCGCGCAGUGGUGGCUAUGGCAGAAAGGAAAGUACACGUCUAUGAGCUGCAGAUUUUGAGGGAUCUGGWAGAUCAGCACGGAAGUGCAGAGCGAGAGCAGCAGGCUCUGGAGAUAAGCGCGUGGCAAGAGCGCGAGAGCAGCUUGAAGUUCAUGGCCCGCGACGUGGCAUGCAUGCCUGAUGGGACGGGAUUUGCGUCAAGCAGUAUCGAGGGUCGCGUGGGAGUGGAGUGGUUUGACGAGGAGCAGAACCAGAACACCUAUGCCUUCAAGUGCCAUCGGGAUAGGUCUUCAACAACGAAUGCGGAUGGAGUGACAUGUCCGUUGGACAUCAUCUACCCGGUGAACUCCAUUGCCUUCCACCCGGUACAGCAGUCGAGUUUCGCGACAGGGGGAGGGGAUGGAGUGAUUGCUUUAUGGGAUGCAAAGACGAAGCGGAGGAUCAGACAAUAUGCAAAGUUGCCCAGUAGCAUUGCGGCGAUGGAGUUUAGUCCAGAUGGCAGGAGUCUUGCGAUCGGAAUCAGUCCAGGAUUCGAGGAUGGGCUGGAGACCGACGCGCCGGAUCCGGAGAAGAUCAAGGUCUUCAUCAGGUCGUUGAGCGAGAAUGAGGCCAAGGGCAAACCGGUCAAGGAGAAGUCGUGA